AGGUACCCAAGCCAUCUUGGGAAUUUUGAGCUGGGUUUACACUUGAACAUUCUGUUUAACGAGUGUCCUCUACUUUUUUUUCUUUCUUCAACUUUACGAAAGAAAAAAGAUAGGAGGAAAGUAUAAAAAUGCUGCGUCAUUGUGUCAAUAGUAUCAAGCAAUGCCAAGCUUGAUAUGUCAUUAAAGUUUAUUAUACGUAUUCCCCCUGUAGAAGCCACCUCUUUUUAACAAUUAAUUGUAGUGUAGAAGCCACCUCUUUUUAACAAUUUUGUAGUAUUACAAAAUCUAGACCUGACCAUAACGAAGAAAACUUUUAAUGGAAAACGAGUCUGAAAUGCUGAAUAUUGUAGUCCAAAAUCCUGGAGAUUCAUCUUCUGGUAGUACUGAUGAGUGGUUGAAUUUCAUAAUGGGCGAUGGCUGCAACUCUGUAAUCAACCAAAGGGCAAGACCGAAGAUACAGAAGGUCCCAGAAAUGCUUCGUGAGAUUAAAUCAAACGAGAAAUGCUAUGAUCCCUUGGUGGUUUCCAUUGGUCCUUACCAUCAUGGCUCGCCUGCGCUCCAGCUGGUGGAGAAGCACAAAAUUCCAAUGACACGGCAGUAUGUCAUGGAGAGUGGAAAAGGUAUUGACGUUGUAUACAGCAAAGUAGUCGAGGUGGCUGGCAAUGCAAGAAAAUGCUAUGCUGAGAAAUCAACACAAGAGUUUGACGAUGACGCAUUUGCUCGAAUGAUGUUUCUUGAUGGCUGCUUCAUUCUGCAAUUCAUGUACUGCAUUGCAAAAAACAAGCGUCGAGAUAUGGGGAUGAAGAGUCACACUAUAGCAUUUGUGCAUCGGGACAUGUUCUUGCUAGAGAACCAACUCCCUUUUCUAGUCCUCAAGGCAUUGAUGAGCUUGAGGUUCAAAGAAGAUGAAGAGAAGGAUAUCAUCAACAGUUUCAUCGAGCAUGGUCGGGCAUUUCCUCCUCUAGUGACUUCGUGGCAGAAAAAGUUUAGUGGGGUUAUUCCUAUAAACAUUUGGGGACGAAAAGCGCCUCAACCAGAGCCACCAAAGGAUGAAGACUAUCCUGUUCAUCUUCUUGAACUCGUUCGUGCAAAGCUCAUCGAAGUUCCAAAUACACAAGAAAGUAGACCUCAAUUAAGCAGUGAUUGGUACUCCUAUCGUUCGGCCAAGGAGCUUAAAGCAGUAGGAGUACACUUCAAGCCUGGUAAGAUUCAUCUCUAUACAGAUGUGACGUUUAAACCAUCCUUCCUUAGUGGAAAACUCACACUUCCUCCAAUCACGGUAGAUGACUUUACUAAGUCUAUGCUACUAAACUUGGUAGCAUACGAAACAUGCCCUGAUGCCCCUGAUGAUUUUGGGGUCACUUCUUAUAUUUGCUUCAUGGAUUCACUCAUUGAUCAUGCGGAAGACGUUAUGGUGCUGCGAUCCAAGGGCAUACUACUAAAUUUUCUAGGCAGCGACCAAGAGGUGGCAGACCUCUUCAAUGCAAUAGCCAAAGAUUUGGUGCCCAGUCCUUAUGCUUAUGCUGAAGUUAAGGGGCGCAUUGAAAGACAUUAUAGGAACAAACUCAAGAUAUGGAUGGCGGAGUGGUUACAUACGCAUUUUAGUAGCCCUUGGACCAUUCUCGCAUUCGUUGCAGCAAGUUUUGCCAUUUUCCUUAGUGUCAUGCAGACUUACUACGCAGCAAACCCACCCAAAAGUUGAGAGAUGCAAUCAUGGUAUAUUACUUUCCAUGUACCACUGGGGGAAUGUCUCGGUGAGUGAUUUCUUUGUAUGUAUUUGCCCAUUUUUCUUAGCAAGGUCAACACAAUUGUCAUUUAACAGUCAGUAGCUUGUUCGCGUAAGUCCUGCCAUGUGAACACGAAUAAACAGAACAUGGCUUGGGCAUCAUGAGUAAUUGAAAUUGUGUUUAUUUGUUCGUAACCUAUGUAAUGCCAAAAUACCUCUUUAAGUGGGGCGAAAUAACGAAGAUAACUUAUCAUUGGGAGA